CUCCUGGAGGUGCGCGGGGACUGCAGCUGGCGCGACCUCCUCCUGGAGGUGCGCCGGGACUGCCACCCCAAGACUGACAGGGACAGGAACGGCAUCUACUUGGCCGACAGGGACAGGAACGGCAUCUACUUGGCCGACAGGGACAGGAACGGCAUCUACUUGGCCGACAGGGACAGGAGCGGCAUCUACUUGGCCGACAGGGACAGGAACGGCAUCUACUUGGCCGACAGGGACAGGAACGGCAUCUACUUGGCCGACAGGGACAGGAACGGCAUCUACUUGGCCGACAGGGACAGGAACGGCAUCUACUUGGCCGACAGGGACAGGAACGGCAUCUACUUGGCCGACAGGAACGGCAGCUACUUGGCCGACAGGAACGGCAGCUACUUGGCCGACAGGAACGGCAGCUACUUGGCCGACAGGAACGGCAGCUUCACUAGAGCCGGCGGCGCUGCUCUCAGGCUCCUCACAGGAGCCGGCGGCGCUGCUCUCAGGCCCGUCACAGGAGCCGGCAGGGACUGAAACGGCGUCUCCUCUGGAGCUGGCAUGGCUACUUGCCGCUGCCGAGCUCGACGGAGCAGACGUCGGGCCUGAUCGGGUGUGCAUAGCACCUGUACGGCAGGUGGUGCCCUCUGGACUGAACUGGGACCGGACCUGCGCGUGACUGAACUGGGACCAGACCUGCGCGUGACUGGACUGGACUGGGACCGGACCGUGACUGGACUGGACUGGGACAGGAACGUGACUCGAUUGAACUGGGCUCGACUGGACUGGAGACUGAACUGGGCUCGACUGGACUGGAGACUGAACUGGGCUCGACUGGACUGGAGACUGAACUGGGCUCGGCUGGACUGGAGACUGAACUGGGCUCGGCUGGACUGGAGACUGAACUGGGCUCGGCUGGACUGGAGACUGAACUGAGCAUGGCUGAGCUGGGGCUGGAAACUGAGCAUGGCUUGACUGACCUGACUGAGAGGUGGGACAUGAAGCGGCUGCUGGCUGCAGGCCCGGGAGUUGCAGGACCUCACGCAGGACAGGUUCCCUCAGGACGAGAGCGGCUGCUUCCUCGAACAAUUGUUCUCUCGUGCCCUGGUCUGCUGCCGAAUCGGCGGUGUUCAAGAGAUGGGCAAAGAGAAACGCAACUGGAGGAGAGCAGAGGAGGUGGACCCGUCGGGCGACGCUAGCGGGGAUGCCUGCAAUCGACACAACACAGUCAGUGGGAGAACCGAGGGGAACCCCCGCGGGAGGGGAGAGCUGCUCGGGCACUGCGACCGAGAUCUCUGGGCCCUGAACCUCAGACCCGUGCCCUCGCCGACGUCGUCUGGGGCGCCUGCGGCUGACCGCCGUCUGAGGCGCUGAGAGCGGCAGGGGCUGGGUCUCUGUAGCGGGGUCCGUGUGGUGAGCCGAGCCGGCGGCGUCUGGAACUUGGGUUGUAGCCGCAGGCGCGGCGACAGGAACGGGAACCGCCGACGCGGCGUCAGGAACGGGAACCGCCGGAGCGGCGUCAGGAACGGGAGCCGCCGGAGCGGCGACAGAGGCGCGGCCAGGCGAUACGCGCAGAGCGCGUGUCAAGUCCCUCCGCGUUAGUCGGAGUCCAUCAAAAAACGCUUGCACUCCGGGGUACUCACGCCACCAGUAUUCGUCCUCCAGUAUCUCGAUGGCCAGUUCUACCAUGGAGAGCCGAAUCUGGGGGCUGGGCGCUUCCGCAUAUUUCCUGGCUAAGCCCUGGAGAUCACCACGGAUGUCCUCCGGUAGACUUGGGCAAACGAAAUCCAUUGCUCCGGUGAGCGACGUGUACACGGAGCCAAACAGAGAGGGAAAAAAGAAGAGACAGCAGCGGCUGACCGGGGUGAAGGCUGGGCGCUGGCUGGGUCCAAGUCUGGCCAGAUCGUUCUGUCAGAUUUCGGCAAGGAUCGGACCCACAUGCACAGCGAUGACUCGGUAGACAGUGGAUAUAGUUAAGAAAGUCUUUAAUGACAGAAUCCAGGUCACAAAACGGUCCAGGUCAUUCACAGAGUAGCAACACCACAGGGCUUAGGCAAAAUCGGGUCCGAGGACAGGCGGGAGUCAAAACCAGAAAGGGCUCAGAUCACAGGAACAGAAUCGGCGGGCGUAGACAGGUCCAGAAACGAGCAGAGUUCAGUAACAGAGUGACUUACGAGAGUGGUCAGGAUCAGACGAGAAGCAAAGGUCACAAACGUAACAGGGUCGAUUACAGGGUAAGCUGAACUAGACGAAUGCUGGAACGUGAGAACAAUGAAUCAGUAAACAACGAUCUGGCGGAGAACUGAUGUGACAGGUGGUGGUUAAAUACACGGAGUAGAUCACUGAUACAAAACAGGUGAGUGUAAUGAGGACCGGGAGUGAAGCGGGAACUGCUGUGGUGUGAUGAGAAACGGAAGUGCUUACAAAAUAAAACCGGAAACUGGGAUCAAAAACAGAAGAGUCCUUUCAAAAUAAAACCAAGAACGAAAACCUGACAGUUACCUUCCUAGGUCAUGUCAUUACCGCCGAAGGGAAAUCCAUUUCAAGAGUUGAAGCGAUUCAAAACUUGCCUAAACCUUGCAUGCAUUAACAGCUGAUGUCCUUAUUAGGCAGGUGUUCUUAUUGUAGGAAUUUCAUUCCUAACUGUGCCGUCUUGGAAGCUCCACUCAGAGCUCUGCCGAUACCUAACUCUGAUCUUGUCCUUUUUGUUGAUGGCUCCGCCUCCAGGGACCCUGGUACUGGGAAAUCUCAGGUUGGGUAUGCAGUCUGCACUUACACUGUCUUGAAGUCUGGUGCUUUACCAGGCCACUACUCUGCUCAGGCUGCAGAGUUGAUCACAUUGACUCAAGCCUCUAAACUAGCAGAAGGAAAGUCUGUUACCAUCUACACAGACUCCAGACAUGCUUUUGGCAUCACACAUGACUUUGGUGCUCUGUGGAAGCAAAGAAAGUUUUUGAAGUCUGAUGGCAAACCUAUUUUACAUCAUGAUAAGGUUGCUGAUUUGCUGGACGCUAUUCUGUUACCUACAGCUAUUGCUGUUUGUAAGUGCCCUGCACACACGGGGGGGUCUGACCCCAUUGCAGCUGGGAACGCGAGCACAGACGUGGCCGCAAAGGCAGCUUCUUGGCUUCCCCUUCCCUCCCUUCCUCUCCUCCCUCAUCUCACGUCACAGGAACACAGGCUCUGGCUGAUGAAUGGCGCCACCAGUAGCAAUGGUGUUUGGUAUGGGCCCGCAACACUUCUUCCCUGCGAAGAUGAAAGCAGCCCUGACCAAACAAGCGACAGGAUCAUUACACACCAUUCAACCAGGGGACUGGGUGAUCGUGAAGGAGUUCAGGAGGAAGCACUGGAACUCCAAACGGUGGCAAGGCCCCUUCCAGGUCCUUCUGACGACCCACACAGCUGUGAAGGUCGCAAAGAGAGCGACUUGGAUCCACUCCAUCCGACAGAUGAUCAUCCAUAUACACCACACGAAAAACCCACCAGAAAUGAGGAGACUUGAGAAGGACAACCCUCGCUGUGUUCACACACGCACUGAGGCGAGGCUGCGUUGACCGUUCAGCUAAAGGUGUGAGCCAAGCGCCGCCUGAAGCUGCGUCGGUAAAUUACACUGUCAGACCAUACAUCUACACACACGUUUCUGAGAAAACACACACACGAGCAGCCUUGAGUUGCCGACGCUCGACGACGUGUAGACUCUUCACAUCACGGGAGUGACAGUGACUCAGACGACAUUGGGAGGAAACCUGGUGGUGAUAACGAAUCCCAAGUGUCUCUGUGAUCAGCUGAUCACAACCUGAAGGACUCCAACAUACUGUCAAUGCGUCAACACACAGGUUGGAAACAAUCUAACGCUACUGUUUAACAGGACAAAACAGAUCGAGACGUCGAUUGUGACACUGUUGUGUUAGACUUCAUUUUAUGUUACUCUGAUUAUUGCCUUUAUCAUAUGAUGUUUCCUUGUAACUUUACACACUAUUUUUGUAUGAGAAAAUUUCACAACACUGAGUUUAAAUAUCCUGAAGUUGACUUGGUGUUUAAUUUGCUCACAAUUACUUUAGUCACUGCUACAAUUAGUUUUUAUCCUUCAUCUACAGAUGAAAGACAACACAAGCAACAAUAUGCAUCAUCAUUCUGGUUAAAUCCCUGAAUCUCCUAUUCGCUCUAGACGCAAGUGUACAAUUAAAGAUCCGAAAGCAUGAAAUCUAUCUUAAGAUUAUAUGAUACAGAACCCCACCGGAAACCUGGAUGUAACUUCUCACUCACUGUAGGUUACAUUGAGUUGGAGGUGCAGGCAAUGGGGUUAACUAUACCUGAGUGUGGGUUUUUAGUGGUUAGGGAUUUAGGCCAAAUACAGCCAGGCUCAGGGGACCAGGAGCUAGAAGGAUCUAAACAAGGAAAAAUGGGCGCAGAACAGCAAGGAAGAACAGAACAACCCAAGUCACUAAAGAUACCGGCUGUGCUCCUUGAGAUGACUGUUAUUAAGACGUGUAGAGAGUUGGCUAUUGCUAGUUUUGACUCAGCCCUGGGAGGAGAUCUAAGCACAGUGUGGAGAGAAGUAUUUCAGGGAGUACAAACCAGUGACAUUGACAGGAAUACUUAUACAGCCAGGAUAGUGGGUAAAGAUAGAAUUCUUGUCCCAGCUGCUUCUGUGGCCACAGUGUGACCAAACCAUGAUGCUACUGGAGCCCACUGCACAGUGGUCUUGUGGUGGUUCCCACUCUGGUGGAGGUUAGUAAACCUGUAUAUCCAGUCCAAGUAAUAAACCUCGAGCAGGAAGAUCUUUGGUUAGCACCAAGAACAAGACUUGGUGUUCUCAGCGUAGUUUAGUGUGUGGAGGCGGGUCUCACGAUGAACAGGCAAGGUUGCCUGCACUGUUAGCUCAGUAUGCAGAUGUUUUUGCCUUCAAGGAUGAUGUCCCUGUCGCGCAGGCUUACAGACGGAUACCACCAACACAGUACCGAGAGGCGAGGGACAACAUAACAUAACUUCUCAGAAAGGGGGUGAUUAAGGAGAGUACAAGUGCCUAUGCAUCACCCAUUGUACUAGUGAGGAAAUCUGACAACAGUUUGAGAUUGUGUGUGGACAUGAUCCUUUUCCUCUGCCACGCUUCGAUGAGUGCUUUGACGCUUUGCAUGGUGCAAAGUUUUUCUCAACCAUUGAUCUUGCAAGUGUACCAUCAAGUGGCCGUUCAUGAAAGAGACACACACAAGAUAGCUUUCACAACCCCAUUUGGCCUCUUUGAGUACACAAGGCUGCCCUUCGGGGUUUUUUAAUGGGCCAGCCACCUUCCAGAGAUUAAUGCAUGCGACCAUAAGUGACUUAGUCUUUCAGAUAGUGUUUGUGUAUCUGGAUGACAUAUUGGUUUACUCACCAACCUUUGAAGACCAUCUGGUGCGAGUGCAGACAGUGUUGCAGAGACUCAGAGAAACAAGUUUAAAGGUCAAUGUGGAGAAAUGUCAUUUUCUCCAACCCAGUGUGCGUUUCCUUGGUCAUCAGAUCUCAGCAGAGGGCAUAGGCACAGACCCGGACAAAGUAGCAGCAGUGAAGCAGUGGCCAGUACCAACUUCCGCUAAAGAUCUGAGAUCAUUCCUAGGAUUCUGCAGGUACUACAGAAGGUUUAUGCAGGGAUUUUCACAGCUCACAGGUGGUCUAUGACUGCGCUAAAGAAAACAGUCUUGCACAGCCUAAAAAUCUGUUUGCUAGUCUGUGGACACCAUCCUGUCAGGAGGCAUUUAACCAGCUGAAGGAGAGACUUACCAGUGCUCCUGUUUAUGCCGAUUUCACUCUUCCAUUUAUUGUUGAAACGAAUACCAGCAGUUUGGGGCUCGUUGCAGUUCUUUAUCAGUGUCAGGGAGGCAAGAAACUUUGUUAUUUCAUAUGCCAGCAGGAGGUUAAGGAAUGCUUAACCUCAGGUGAGCAGGAAUGCUCACCUGAGUUCAGCAAAACUAGGGGCAACAGAACAACUGGGUUGCCCAGCUAGCUCCAUUUCACUUUGAGGUUCAGUAGGGAAGAUUGAUGCGUUACUCUAUUGUGUCUGUGAUGAUAUGCAUGUAGGCAAAUGUCAACAACUUCUGUUAUCAGCAUGUCUUAAAGAAGCUGUACUCAAGAGUGUGUGUGACUUAAUGGGGCAUCAGGGUAUAGAGCGUACACGGAACCUGUUGAGACAGAGAUGUUUCUGGGUUAGUAUGUAUGAAGAGGUGGAGCAGUAGGUCAAACAGUGUCAAAGGUGUGUACUUACCAACAUGUCACAGCCAAAGAUCCGUGCCUCUAUGAAACCCUUCCUAGCUAGAAGGCCUCUUGAAGUUGUUGCAGUGGAUUUUUUGGGCCUUUUUUUUAUAUACACACACACAAGUUUUUCAUAAUUUGAUACAUAAUAUGGUAAAAAAUAAAUGAGGACAUGACAUUAUUAGGGAAUAAUAAUUAUUAUAGGAAUAACAUAACAUCUGAGACGGGGACAAAGUUGGAUGUAUAUAUCUGCCUCUGCCUGUGUCCAGUCCCUGGUCCAACCAUCUUGCCUGUGCUCUGUUGUUGCGCUCCUCUCUCUCUAGCCCCUUACCCCAACUGGUUGAGGUAGAUGGCCAUGUUUAGCAUGGUUCUGCUGGAGAUUUAUUCCUCAGGGAGUUUUUCCUCUCCACUGUUGCUGAUAAAUACAAUUAAAGGAUUGCUGUGUGUGGGAUUUCUUGGGUUUAUUUGUGUAUGAUCUUAAGCCUUACCUUGUAAAUUUCCUUGAGAUAAGUUUGCUGUGAUUUGGCGCUAAAUAGACAAAAAUUAAAUUGAAUUGAUGGCUUAUCAGUAUAGUAGUGAACCUUCUUUUUUCAGAUUUCUAGUAGUUCAUGGGGGUUUAGUCCUUCAAAAACGAAAACACAGUCACUAGCACAGCCAACUAUUAUAGCAUAUAAAAGACGUACACAAAAGCUGUAUUUCUGCUUUAUUUAAAUCUUCAUAGAUUCAACAACAAAAUUCAGUUUGUGUGUCCUUCAUACAAAGAGAAGAAUUAUGAGCAGGACAGUGAAAUUGUAGUCAGUAAGAUGUGGCUUCACUAAGAACUGCAGUCUGGCGUAGUUGUCUUCAGCUUGUGACAUAAAUUAGAUGUAUAGUCAGGGACUGUGAUCAUCGUCUCUGGUUCAUUCCUGUCAGGUUCUUCAACUGGAAAACAAUUUAAAAUGUUGUAAUGCAGAUCCCCCACACUGCUAUCUUCAUGCAUGGUUAGAUUAAAAAUACUUAUUGCUGUGAAGUGUGUGUGAGUGAACAUAAUAUAUACUAGAGUGAGGCAAUGUAAAGCCUAAUUAGGGUCACAGAGGCAAAGACUUACUGUUAUAGCAGCUCCCAUGAGUCCCUGCACCACUGCUUCGCUUGUUGACUGCACCUACACAGCAAAACACAUAAAUUACAUGUCUUAAAACUUUACAUUGUUUACACUUUACAUGUCCCCAAAAACAAAUGAAAUGCAAAGUUGGACAGUCCAUUGAAAAUCACAGCUCUUUAAUAUAAGUACUGAGCUCUACCUGUUUAGCAGUGGAGGCCAUGUUGACUACAUCCUGUAUGCGAUUGUCAAGGAAGUUCCAAGUGUCUUGGAAGUCUGGAGAUGAGUCCUGAAGAAUCACCAGCUCUGUGGUGUUAUAAAUGCCCAUCAGAGCUGCACGUUUCGUGUACCAGUUCAUCUGCAACACAAAGCCCAUUUGAUUUUUACUCCAGAGUUUAUUUCACGUGCACUUGCUGUGCUUUAUUUUAUUAAACAACAUGCAAAGAAAACAAAUCUAAACAAUAACAAGGUACUCAGUGGUGACAUGUUACUGAAUCUGAGCGAAAUAAAGCUCGUUCACAGCAGGGGGUCACUUUAUUGAAUUAUUGAUUACUGUUGUACUAACUGUUUUACUGUAAUACUAAUUGAUAUUUGUUCAAAAAUGUAUUCUUCCUCCAGUAGAUAAUAAUAAUAAUAAAAAUCUGUUCUUAUAUUA